AUGAUAGCUGCUUUAAACCGUUUCAUCUCGCGCUCAGCAGACAGAUGCAGGCCAUUUUUUCUCCUAUUACACAAGUGGAAAGGAUUUGAGUGGAAUGAGGAGUGCACUAUAGCUUUCCAACAGCUAAAGGAAUACCUCGCCCAACCACAAAUUAUGUCCAGUCCCGAGGCGGACGAAGUUUUGUUUGCCUACAUCAUAGUAGCCCCACAUGCAGUAAGCUUGGUGCUAAUCCGAGAAGACAACGGCACACAACGACCAGUCUAUUACGUUAGCAAAUCACUGCAGGAGGCAGAAACCCGUUACCUUCCCCUCGAAAAGGCUAUCUUAGCCAUCAUACAGGCCACACGAAAGCUUCCCCACUACUUUCAAGCACACACUGUAGUAGUGUUAACUCAACUUCCCUUAAAGUCUAUCCUGCGCAGCGCCGAUUACACAAGCAGAAUUGCAAAAUGGGGAAUGAUUCUGGGCGCCUUCGACAUUAGAUACAUGCCUCGCACCGCUGUAAAAGGCCAGGUCCUCUUCCGACCUAGUGGCAGAAUUUGCGGAGCCCAUACUAGAAGGAAAAGAAGUGUCGCGAAUCAAAGAGGCUCAGGGGUAGGACUUGUCCUGCUCUCACCUGAAGGGAUAACCAUAGAGAAGUUAUUGAGACUCAGAUUUUCAGCCACGAAUAACGAAGCCGAAUACGAGGCGCUAUUGGAGGGAAUGUGGAUGAUCCGGAAAAUGGGGGGGAAAUCCGUGGACAUGAUCUCGGACUCGAGACUCAUUGUGGGACAGGUAAAUGGAGACAUGGAGGCAAAGGACGAAAGAAUGCAAGAGUAUCUGGAUCGGGUUAAGCACCUACAGAUCCAUUUUCAUCACUUCCACUUGAUGCACGUACCCAGAAGUGGGAACACUCAUGCUGAUUCUCUCGCGACAUUGGCUACCUCCUCGGCUCAGCCCCUUCCUCGAGUCAUUUUGGUAGAAGAGCUCAUCCAUCCAUUAACGGAGAAGGCCAACGGGAUUGGAGUACAUAACAUCAGGACAAGACCGAGCUGGAUGGACCCUCUAGUGCUGUACUUAAAACACGACACCUUGCCAGAUGAUAAGGUUGAGGCUGACAAAAUCAGGAGAAAAGCUACUCGAUUCUGGUUGUCGGAGGAUUCCAAGUUUUACAGACGCUCGUUCUCGGGGCCGUAUUUACUGUGUGUGCACCCAGAGGCUACUGAACUCAUCCUGGAAGAAUUACACGAAGGAAUUUGCAGAAGUCACAUGGGGGGUAGGUCUUUGUCUCACAGGGUCUUAACGCUGGGUUAUUGGUGGCCGAGCAUGCAUAAAGAAGCCCUGGAGUAG